AUGAACGAACAGGUACGUAUACCUGAUAUCUUUUAUCCAAUUUCCAGGCCUCAAGGCAACUCUGAUAUAACAAGGUAUGGCUAUGUUUACAUAUGCUUUAUCUUCAAUAGCGAAGACUCUAUAGCAUAUAGAUGAUGUUGACAUUUUGUAGGGAUCCAGCAUUAUGAUAACAAGCUAUUGGAUAGGAACCUUACCUCUAGGAUGUAAUUAAGCGAUUGCAAUUGCUCCUCCGUAUGGAAUUCUUUGCAGAAACGAGAUUCUCGCAUUACAUUUGUUUUUAAUUAGACUCCUUGGACGAAAAUGGCUGAAAUGAUAACUGUUAGUGAGUGUUGAAGAACAUUCAUAUCAGACAAGAUAAUUAAUUCUGGAAGGAAACGUGCUGUAGUAUGUGAAAAGUGCCUUAUUAAAGGGAGUCACAAUGGACGAAACUUCAGAAAAUCAUCCUUUGCAGAAUCAGACACAGAAGUCAAAAACGCUAACAACUCAGCCGAUCUCGAACAACCAGCGUCCAAAACCAAAUACGCUGCCAGAAAAAGGAUACAUACCCAUACCACAGAGUCCCCACCAAUGCACUGGUCCUCCCACCGUAGUCGUCCAACAACCAACUCCCACAGCUCUCACUGCAGGCCAGCUGCCUAAACGAUCCUGGGAUAGUGGAAUAUGCGACUGUGAUGACGAUAUAGCAUCAUGUUGUGCGGCGUUCUGGUGUCCGAUAUGUUUCGAGGCGUGGUUGGCAGCUAAAAUGGGAGAGGCAUGUUGCAUUCCGUGUAUCGUCCCCAACUCAACGGUAGCGCUGAGAGUGAAAUUAAGAUCUGAGAAUUCUAUUGAGGGCAGUGUCAUGAAUGAUUGUUGUGCAGUAACCUGCUGCUGGCAGUGCUCACUAUGCCAAAUGAAACGAGAAAUAGACCAUGUGAUAUCUCAAAAAGCUAGCACUAUGGUUGUUAUAGGAGAGGUGUGACGUCAUAUACUAUAUCAUUUAAUCAAACGCUGUGGUUGCUGAAUUGUUACAUGCGUCAUUAUGAAUAUUUCAUUACUCUAUGAUAUGGCAAUGGUUGUUUGAAAAGAGGCUGGCAAAACGAACACUACAUAACUGUAGUCAUGUGAGACAUCAUAUACAUGUAUAACACAUAGCUUUUACGAUGGUUGACAUAUAAGAGAGAUGGCGUUAUAUAAUGCCCAUUCCAAUGAGCUAUUAUAGUGGUAGACAUAUAAGAGCGAUUUAAUUACGGGGCCACAGUAGCACAAUUGUGUAAAACGAAUGAACGAAAGAUGUCGCAAAUUCUGCCGGCAAAAAGUAUCAUAUAAUCGAACAUAUACUCAUGUGUAAGCUCUAAGAUAUAAUAAGAAGAUGGAGGUUUGGAAUUCAAUAUGAAGAAGAUUGCUAGAUCAAUGGUGUUACGAUGGUUUAUGUGGCAUCAUUUUUAAAUGUAUAAUGCUUAAAGGAUAGGUAUCGAUAUGAUGAACUGAAUUCAACAAUGGUUUUC